UGGAGAUUUCACAGCGAUGGCGACGGCUCUGCUCUUGAACGGGACGCAUCAGUGAGCUUGGCCUCGGCUUCAGCGAUGACUGAUGUUUACUGUUUGAUCGAGGCUGAUUUAUUGCUGAGCGGUUGCGCGGAUCCUCGACUCAAUCGGCUGUUUAAGGGUUUCCGUCACCCCUUUUAAUAUCGAUUUCCAUGUUCUACUUCUGAAAGUUUUAAAACAGGCACAUCAGGACAACUCAUUGCUUAUUGUCUGUGGUGAUGAGGUCUUCCAAAAUAACCAAUGAGUCUACAACCAGUUAUUAUUCUGAAAUGGAUUUAUUCCUACAAGCAUUACCUACAUGAAUUUUAAGAAUGAUCUCGGUUGUCACGAGCUACACUCAAGCCCAUCUCAUGCUAACAAGGGAAAAGGUAUACCUUCACUAAGGGAACGGUUAGGCAUGCAACUUUACCAUAAGACUGAGGUUUGGUUUCAAAGGGGGAAGGCCUGAGUUCCUUGUUGGGUGACCCAUACUCCUUCACAGGGGCCAUGGAGGAGGAGGGGCAACAAAGCUUGGAGUGUAUCCAGGCCAAUCAGAUCUUCCCUAAGAAAUCCCCUGUCUUGGAAGAAGAAAACAUGCAGGUGCCCUUUCCUGAGCUGCACGGGGAGUUUACAGAGUACGUGGGGAGAGCUGAAGAUGCCAUGAUCGCCAUGUCCAACUACCGCCUACACAUCAAGUUCAAAGAGUCCGUCGUCAAUGUCCCUCUUCAGCUCAUAGAGAGUGUGGAGUGCCGUGACAUGUUUCAGCUUCAUGUCACCUGUAAAGACUGUAAGGUUGUCAGGUGCCAGUUUUCCACUUUUGAGCAGUGUCAGGAGUGGCUGAAGCGCCUGUCUGCAGUGGUGCGCCCUCCUUCUCGCCUGGAGGACCUCUUCUCCUUUGCCUUUCAUGCCUGGUGCAUGGAAGUGUAUGCCGGGGAGAAGGAACAGCAUGGGGAGCUGUGUAGACCAGGCGAGCAUGUGACCUCCUGGUUUAAGAACGAAGUGGAGAGGAUGGGCUUUGAUACUCAAAAUGCCUGGAGGAUCUCUGACAUCAACAGCAAGUUCAGGCUCUGCUCCAGCUAUCCUCAGCAACUCUUGGUGCCAGCCUGGAUCACUGACAAGGAGCUUGAGAAUGUGGCUGCCUUCCGUUCCUGGAAGAGGUUUCCUGCUGUGGUUUACAGGCAUCAGAGUACAGGGGCUGUGAUCGCCCGCUGUGGCCAGCCUGAGGUUAGCUGGUGGGGCUGGAGGAAUGCAGAUGAUGAGCACCUUGUCCAGUCCAUUGCCAAAGCCUGUGCUGUAGACGGCAGCUCCCGGAAACUCCAGUCCAAUGGUAGCUACACCAAUGGCACUGACCUGUCGGACACAGACUUCGAAUCUUCCAUGAGCAACAGCUCAGAAGUAGAGACAUUGGCCAUCCAGCCUCACAAAUUACUGAUCCUGGAUGCCAGAUCCUAUGCCGCUGCCGUAGCCAAUAGGGCCAAGGGGGGAGGAUGUGAAUGCCCAGAGUACUAUCCAAACUGUGAGGUGGUGUUCAUGGGCAUGGCCAACAUCCACUCCAUCCGCAAAAGUUUCCAGUCGCUCCGUUUCCUCUGCACUCAGAUGCCUGAUCCAGCCAACUGGCUGUCUGCCCUGGAGAGCACCAAGUGGCUGCAGCACCUGUCUCUCCUGCUGAAGGCGGCCCUGCUGGUGGUUAAUGCCAUGGACCGCGACCAUAGGCCUGUCCUGGUGCACUGCUCUGAUGGCUGGGACCGCACACCCCAGAUUGCUGCACUCUCCAAGCUGUUACUGGACCCGUACUACCGCACUAUUGAGGGCUUCCAGGUCCUGGUGGAGACUGAAUGGCUGGACUUUGGUCACAAAUUUGCCGACCGCUGUGGCCACGGGGAGAACUCUGAGGACCUGAAUGAGCGCUGCCCUGUCUUCCUGCAGUGGCUGGACUGUGUCCACCAGCUGCAGAGGCAGUAUCCAUGCUCCUUUGAGUUCAACGAGGCCUUCCUGGUGAAACUGGUACAGCACACCUACUCCUGUCUGUUUGGCACCUUCCUGUGCAACAGUGGCAAGGAGAGGGAGGACCGUCAUGUCCAGGAAAGGACCUGCUCAGUGUGGUCACUGCUGAGACCAGCCAACCGUGCCCUGAGAAACAUUCUCUACUCCUCAAACUCCGAGACUGUGCUUCACCCAGUAUGUCAUGUGCGCAACCUGAUGCUGUGGACCGCAGUCUACCUGCCCAGCUCCUCCCCGACCACUCCCUCGGAUGACUCGUGCGCACCCUAUCCUGUGCCUGGCGCCAACCCUGAGGAGGCACCUCUGGGCAGACGUCCGAAGACCCGUUCCUUUGACAACUUGCCCAGUGCUUGUGAGCUGGGAAGCUCACUGGCUCCUAACCGGCGCUCCAGUGACCCGAGUCUGAAUGAGAAGUGGCAGGACCACCGCCGCUCUCUAGAGCUUAACAUGGCAGUGGGGCCUGAGGGAGGGGGAAAUCAGGACCAGGAGGGGUGGUCUGAUGCUCAGCCUGAUGCGGGACCUUACCUGGACAUGGGUGACUCUGAACUGGAGGACUGCUCUCAGUCACAGGGCCAGCACGCUGAGCUGGGACAGGGAGCCACAACAAGCUUGGCAGCAGAAGGGGAAACUGCUGAGGUGGUGGAGCUCUCUGUUGCAGUCGGUGUGGCUGAGGGUCAGAUGGAGAAUAUUCUCCAUGAGGCCACCAAAGAGGAGGCUGGUGAUGUCCAGAGGGACGGUAAUGCUGCUGCCAAACUGGUUAUAAGCAACGGUGACACAGAGUUGAAGAGAGGAACCAACAUCAACGAGGCAAAUCAGUACGCCAAGGUCAAUGGGGCUGACAUGCAAAGAGAAGGAUUUUCUAAUGGUCCUCAUCCAGAGAAUGGUCUAGUCGAGUCUGAGGAAGAUAGUGGCCCUCUGACCUAUCCCUCCCUGCCUAAAGUUCUGCCCUCAGAAAUGGCAGCUGACCUCAAUGCGCAGGCAGCUGAAAUAGCUCAGAUGUCAGAGGAGCUGGUCAAGCAGAUUUUGGAGAACUCAUCUGGCCCAGAGGAGCCAAAACAGGCAACCGUUCAGCCUAUGGCCCAUAGAACUAUAAGUAACGGUUUUGGGGACAUAACACCACCAGAACCAGAGGUUGGUGGAACACGCUGCCCAGAAUCCGAGUCUAUCGGGUUCCUCUCGGAGCCAGCGGAGCAGACAGAUAAGAGGGCCUCCCUCAUGGAGAGCUCUACAGAGACUCUAACAGAAGAGGCCUGCAGCAGGCUAGAACUCCCAGCAGCUCAGCCUGUAUGCCCAGGCCAUCAGCCCUGCAAUGAAGACAGGAGCCAACCCCCCUGCCAUGGGAAAGAGAGAGAGUUUGAUAUGCAGGCAGAUGAUGGGGCAAGCAGGACUUUAAAUGAGUGCAGCAAGCAACCCUCUGUUAGUGCCUUUCAGUCUGUGAGUGCCGAGUCCAGCAAGGAGGGGCUGUGCAACGGGGAGAGCUCUGAUUUUGAGCCUUGCAGCGGACCUCCCUGGGCCAAAGUGAACGGAGAGCGGACCCCACUGAGUCGGCAGGUGUCUUUGGCUAGCUGCAACUCCUUUAGCCUCCACCCCCGGGGCACCCAUCACCGCUGCUACCACACCCUACUUGGGCGGUCGGCCACCAGCCCAGAGCAGCCAUCCCGCUGCCACCUUGACGACGAUGGGCUAACACUACACAGUGACAUUGUCCAGCAGAGGCUGAGACAGAUUGAGGCGGGCCACCAGAUGGAGGUGGAGACGCUGAAGAAGCAGGUGAGGGAGCUGUGGAGCCGCCUGGAGAACCAGCAGCAUGGCGGCUCCCUCAGGAUCAACGGUGACAUGGGAGAUGAAGUGACGUCAAUGACAGACUCUGAGUACAACCUGGACCCAAACUGUCUGUCACGCUGCAGCACAGAGCUCUUCUCAGAGGCCAGCUGGGAGCAGGUGGACAAGCAGGAAACUGAGGUCACUCGCUGGUACCCGGACCAUUUGGCAGCACACUGCUAUGGCUGUGAGAGCAGGUUCUGGCUCGCUACCAGGAAGCAUCACUGCAGGAACUGUGGUAAUGUGUUCUGUGCCAGUUGUUGUGACCAGAAGAUCCCAGUGCCAAGCCAGCAGCUCUUUGAGCCCAGCCGCGUGUGUAAGAUCUGCUACAGCAGCCUCCACCUGACCACAGCUCCUGUGGACCUGGAGCUGGAGAAGACCAUCACAGCCAGCUCCAACUAAGUGGCGGGGGACCAGGGACUGUGCACUGGGCCAAGCUUACAGCUACUGACACAGGCACAAUGCUGAAAAAGAGCACAGGAGCUGUUCAGAAUGUCUCAUAUACUUUUGUGUGUGCGUGCUGCAGAUGUGGAGUUUAUGUGUAUAUAUAUAUGUAUAUAGUGAGGGAAGGGGAAUCAAGUGUUGGCGAGAUGCCAAACACUUUGGUGGUGGGUAUGUGCAGGGAUGAAUUGAGAGGCGUGUGAGAGAAAAACACACACGGUCACAAAGAGAGGGUUUCUGGCAGUGUUGGACAGCACUACAAAGCUCGCCCAAAAGGGGAAGAUGGGAGUGAGAAUGGACCGCCCUGGUGCACAUGACCAGGGACAAGUGAGAUGUUCAUCUCCCAGUUGUUGUUUUUUGUUUUCCCCUGGGACAUCUGCUGGACUGCUUUUGUUCUUCUGAAACAUUCUCAGCAACCCCACCUCCCUCCCUAGUCCUCCAUCUCUCAUUUCCCAACAAAUUUCUGUGUACCAACAUUGCCUCGUGUGGACUCCUUGGUGGCAGGAUCAGGAGGCAGCAUUAAUGUCCUGGAUUUGGAGAGACAAACACCCAGGUUUGUUCUCAUCUGGAUAACGAGGGGAUGGUGACAGAUGUUUGGUAAAAAAAAUUUAAGGCACUGUGGGCUGAAUCCGAACUCAAGAUACAUUUGGACUUGUGCCCAUUUAUGUCAGUUUGAGUCGUAUUUGGUGUUUGGGUUUAGCCAAAGUGCCCUAGGCAAGCAGGCAAUGUUGGAUACUUGAAGGGAUUUUGUGAGUGUGAAUUUACGUGUUUGAGCACUCUCCUUGAGGUUCAGGGUUUUUUAAAGCCUGUUUUUGUUUUAACCAACAAAAAGGUUGCUCUUGACGUUAUUAACGACAGCCUUUUUUGGAAAAAAAAAUCUUACAAAAGUACCUGUCUGUGUGGAUUGAAUCUGUUCCUCUCAAAAUCCACCAGUUUUACUAUUACACCUGCCACACAGUAAGAAUAGCACAUGGAAUGGCCUGCUUGGAUUUUGAAGGAAAUUGUUAAAAUCUCCCUCAACGUGUUCAAGAAGGGAUUGCAAACAAAUGUCAUCAAAAGGCUGAUACUAAUUUCACAAAAGUAAAGUCCCCUUAGACAAGCCUUAAGAGAGAGAGGGGCACUGGCGUUUAAAAAAAUAAUCCUGAACCCUCCCUUCAUCAGUGAACGGCCAUCCAGCUCCUCAUCGCUGAUAGACUGUUGUCAUCACGAGUAUCUGUUCUGUGAGUGUGAACUAAUCAACCAUUGGUGGCGAUGUCAGAUUCUACCAAACACCUCAUGAGCUGGAGGUUGUUUCUGCCAUUUAGAGAAUGUGUAUCUGCUCCUGUUUACCCUGCCUUCAUGCCCUUCACUUGAGACAGACCUUUUAGUACCUUACCCAGCAGGCACUGGGAGCUUGAGGAUAUUAUAAUUGCGCAUUGCUCAACUCAUUUCUUUUGCAGCGGAAAUCAGAAAUGAUGUCAUGGUUAAAAUGUGGUCAAAGAGGGACAUAACAUUUUGUGGGGAGGAUUUCUUUUUUUGUAUUUGCCAUUACAUUGCUGGGUGAUUUUUAAAAAAAAAAAAUUUUAAGGGCGAAAAAUGUACUGAUGAAUAUUAAUAGCCAUAGGGAAGGAGUUUUUAAACUCUAGAAUUAAAAUUCUGGAUACAUGCAUGAUGUGUGGCAUGGCCAAGAUUUUGCUCAUGAGAAAUAAACCUUGAGCAAAAUGGAGUUUUGUUGCAGAUUUCGGUAGUGUCUGCAGCCAACCAUGACCUCAUUAGUGAUUUCCAGCUGAAUGGGUGGGUUGACUGUGAUGCUGAGGUGGAGGAAACCAGUGACAGCAGAAGGUGCUCACGGCCUGUCAGUAGUCGGCCACUCUGUGUGAAAUCAGACUACCCAGCCUCAUGUACCUAGAGACAUCCCAACUUGCCUAUUGUCCAUUCAAUGACCUCCACGCACACUCUUUUAUUCUUUUGUAAAAUAAAUAAAAUAAUAUAUUCAGAUGCGUAUAUAGCAUUUAAGGAAGAAAAUGUAUAGAAUCCUUGAAUAGUGGCUCACUAAAUUAGUCACCAAAAAGUUCUUUUUUUUUAUUCAAUUUUUGUUUUCUUUUGUUGUUAAUUGCAGAAAAUAGUGAUUUUGCAGCCUGUUGAAAACACAGGUUUUUUUUUUUUUUAAUAGAGGAGAGGAGCCGGGUGUCCUGUUUUGAUGCUGCAGUGGUUUUCCCUCUUAAAUGCGAUCAUUGCUUUGUCAUUAUUUAUUGAAGUUUUUACUCAUGAGUUGCUGUUUUAAAAUUCAGACAAUUCAAUUGCCACAGGAUAAUCAGUGUUUUGUCAGGAGUGGAUCUGCAUGACCAUAAGAGUUGGCUCCAAUCGAUGGCUAGUUACCUUUGUCAUUUCAGUGAGAUUUUUGUCAUCUGAUUACAGCAGGGUACAUGGGCUGGCGUCUUUGGAUGAUCCCGUGUAGGACUCUGUUUAUGUUGUGAUGUGACACAAAGCGUCCUGAAAUGGUGCAGCUCACCUUACGAUCUGAAUCCUACAUAGCCUGGACACAGUAGUCCAGGAGGAGGGGGAUGUGUAUUUCACAUACAACAGAUUGUCCCAAACUAUCUGUGAACAUCCAGAGACGUGGGCUUAUACCCUGAGAAUUCACUGAUCAGAUCUCAAAAAAUCUCACUGAACUUAUGUGUGACGGUAGCCAAUAUGAUGCCUAUGCACUGAGAGAACAGUGGUCCAAAACAAGCAACCAAUUCCCAAACUAAAGCCCCUUAUCGCCCUCACACACAACGACCUUACUCCGUUAUAAAUCCAUGUACAAAUACUACCUCUACUUUGUACAUACAUACAUACAUGCAGUCUCCUCCAUACACUUAGCCAUGCACAAAGAAAAUUCACACCGUGCUUGUAGUUGAGUGACUCUUGCUUUACAGAUUUACAUCAAGAAUGGCCUUUUGAUAUGUGAUUUAUUAUUGAAUUUGUGUUUUACACGCACUUAGCUGGAUCAGUAAAGGUACAAUUCAUGGCUGCAGAUCACGUUCAAGAUGAUCUUAAGACUGCCAAUAUUUGAUAACUAAUUAUCCCCUAUGAUCUUUUUAAUCGGCCAACAUAGUGAUGUUCUCUUGGCCAAACAGUGUUUGCAAAUAAAUUUUAUGGUUUUUAUCUGGUUUAGGUGCAAGGAGGAAGUGGUUUCUCACAUAAAGCAAACUAUAGAAAGCCGGAAAGUAAGGAAAUUGCAAGAAAUCAUUUGAACAUCCAUUUAUUAUAAUAAAUAAAUUUAUAAUGGGACAUACAGAUUUUUUCAGUAGACCACCUUGUGUUCCUGACUGGUUAAAGCAAACAUCAAGUUUUAUUUGCAUCCGCUGUUUGACUCAGGCCUGGUCACAGGCUCUCCGCAGAGCCACUGUUUUUUGGGGUGGUCAAAACAACACGCUUGCACGGUUUAUUUUCUCAGUUCCCUUCUAUAAAGUGUUCAAGAUGUGUCGUUCAGUGGCUGGACUUGGAGCCGUUAAAUGAGGGAGUCCCUGCACCGUGGCAGCCAUGAUGCUGAAAUAAUUGAUUCAUUACUUAAAAAAGAAUCCAUUGUUUUGACAAGUACUGUCAGGACAACCAAAGCAAGACAUUAGUCUCUUUUUUUUUUUUUUUUUUUACAUACUGAACAAAAGAUUAUUGCAUGAGGGCCAGGGGGCAGCAACUCCCUCUGUUAUUAACCUCUAUUUCACUGUGUCCAGCACUGCAUUCCCGGCUCAUAGACUGGUAUACCGGUAUGAGACCAGAUGGCUUACUCACUCAGUGUAAAAUUCAGAAUGGUCACGUGACCGAGCAGUGCUCUGCCUAUUCAGUUGUUUCAUUCAGUCCAGAAUGUUAUACAGCCAUUUUUGGGCAUCAUGAAAUAUUUUUAAAAUUUAGAGGACCCAUUCUGUUCAAGUGUUAUUCUGUCAACCAAGGACUCAAGUUACUUAUUUAAAAAGAACCUUCAUUGUUUGAAGAAAAAAUAAUAAUAGCGGGUGACUUUUUUUCUUUCCCCCCAGAUAGGGGUUAUUUUGUGUUGGAAAUGAAACUCUUCAUUUGAGGUUAUCCCGAGGGCUGGCUGAGAGAACUGUCCCUUUACUUGCAGUAUCACUGCUGCCUUCGUGUCCAUGCUGACUGAGUGUUGAAAGCUUGUGGCAGUUGCGGCCAAAAUUCACAAUGAAUUCUAGUUCUGUAUGUUCACCAUCAUCACAGGCACACAGGGCGCCAAACUUGUGUUGUCCAGCAAUCCAUGAAUGUGAAUUGUCUAAAAAUUUUAAAAAAAAGUGACUAUUUUUUGCACAUGACAUUUAAGUAGACACUGCCACAAAAGUACAUCAGAAAUAAAGCUGAAAACUAAACUGCACUCCUCUUUCUAGUAUUGUAACUGAGUUUGAUAACCCUGCAGAAGCAUUUUGUGUGUGUGUGUGUGUGUGUGUGUGUGUGUGUGUGUGUGCGUGUGUGUGUGCGUGCGUGCGUGCGUGCGUGCGUGCGUGCGUGCGUGCGUGCGUGCGUGCGUGCGUAUGUAGACGGCAGCAAAGAGGGAAGAGGAUUGAAUAUACGCAUGAUCCCCUUGCUGAUCUUUUUAUUCUACAGGGUUCCAUCAAGUUGUCUUGGACUGCUUAUGUUGAGUUUUUCUUCUUUUACACAAAUUUAAGAGGCUAACAUUUGUGAAUCCAUUGCAUAUAUAUGUAUGUGUGUGUGUGUGUGUGUGUGUGUGUGUGUGUGUGUGUGUGUGAAUGCGGUGAUUGGUGCCAAGUGGUUUUUAUUGCGGGUGUCUGUCAAAGGGAUCGCUCCUGCGUGUUUUCCCUGCUGUUCACUGUGGCUUAAGAAGCACUUUCAACUUUUUCAUGUCUUUUACCUGUCAACGAGGUUUUGGUGGCUGUACAUAGCAAUUCCCUGUAACAAGUGCUCCUUGUUAAGUCUGAAUAUUUGAUUUUGUUGAAUAUACUUUGAAGAACAUUACACUGUUGUAGAAUUAAAGAAAAAAAAAUAAAAUGAAAUAG